AUGCUUCGGCGAGCGUCGGCAAGAGCUGCCUCGGGCGCAACCGGCCAGCUGCUGCUCAAAAGCGCCUCCCCUCUCUGCCGCCGCACCCCGCAGGCCAACCUCAACUCCAACUCCAACUCCUCCUCGUCCUCCUCCAGCUUUCUCUGCAAGACCACCGUCCCCGCCGGCCUCCGGAGCUUCCACGCGACCAGACUCAGCAUGGCCGACAAGCGCAUCGAGAGCGACGCCUUUGGCGAGAUCGAGGUGCCCGCCGACAA